CGAAUGACAUUCCAUAUAAAUUCAGCCUCCACCGUUUGGUCAGUCUCCUUCUCCUCUCCGAUCCUGAAGAAAGGUAUUGCUGAGAAGCAAAGCACAAGUUGGAGGACUCAAAAUGAGGUAUGCAUGAUUAUCAGUGUUACGCAACAUCCACGUGUUAAAUCGAAGAAUUUGAGCCAUGUGCCACUGAUGACCCCAUUUGCUACUCUUGAUCUGUUUGGAUGAUGAAUCUGCAACCACCAAUUGCAUGUUCUGAGGCACAGCACGUGGUUUGACGUAGCUGUUAAGAUGGCCUACUCUGUGGGAAUGCCAAUAUUCUGAACUUGAUGCCACGAAGCCAAUGGAAAUGAGUCAUGUGAUGAACUUUGACAAAAGUGUCUUUACAGAGCCUUCUGACCUCAUGCUAUGAUGGGAUGCUGGAGUCUCAAGUGUAGCUUGGCUGUUGAUCUAGGACCCGGUCGAUGCAGAACAAGGAUCUGGUGUGGCAAGAAGGAUGACUGAACUGCAGUGGAUACUGGCAUGAAGGAUUGGAACUAAUGUGGAGCUGUCCCUGUCAGGUGGCCAGUGGUUUCACAACUGCCAGUGUAGCUAAGACUUAGAAAUGAUGUCGGAGAUCAAGAGAUGCGAUGGGAGAUGUCCAUGAUUUCAGACUACAUUUUCAUCCUGUGAGAUUACUGGUUUCCACUAUCAAUAAAAUUUGAAGUUAUCCCUGUCUCGAUUAUAAUUUGUUUACAAACUAUUGGUCAAUGUCAUGGUAGUAGGUAAGAUCGUGUUUUAUUGGACAGCUUAGUGAUUGCAUAAUUUGAAUAUGAUUUAUUACAAUCGUUGGACUGCAGAUUGAGAGCUAGAUCAAAUAUAGUUUGAAAUUAACCGAGUCACUAGGGUUAGACUUAACGCCACAAAAAGACGGAAACGCACAUUCAAAAUAUAGGUGUAUUUUCAAGGAGAGUGAUAACUGAAAGUUGUGCCAAGGCGCAAACGUCGUAAUUCUGUUGCAGGGGUAGCAUUUUUGAAAUUGCAGCAAUAACUUCAGCAGUAGCAAGGUAAGUCAACGUUAGCUAAUUUGCUACUUAUCAUACAGUGGGCGGGCGUAUAAAGUAGACAAGGAAUUGACUAGCGCAUAAAGCACCCACGCUACCGGUGGCUAAACUGCCGUCGAUUCCAUUUAAUUUGAAGGCUUGGUGUUAGGAAUGAAGUCUUAGAUUUUACUGAGGUAACCAUAGCUAACCCAUUACUCUGGAUACAUUCCAUGUUACAUAGGCGUGAGUAGCUAGCUCAUUACAUACUGUAGAUUUCUCAUGGCGAUUAGCUUGCUGCUUUUGAAAUUGGGCUCCCGAGUGGCGCAGCGGUGCUAGAAGCCUCUGCAUAACCUGGUUCGGUUCCAGGCUUUCUCUCAACCGGCCGUGAUUGGGAGUCCCAUAGCGCGGCGCACAAUUGGCCCAGCGUCGUUAGGGGUAGGCCGUCAUUGACAAGAAUAACUGACUAUGCUGGUAAUGGACCAAACAGCUAGUUUAGCUAAUCACGCAAGGACGUAUGUUUGCUAGAACAUGGAUGAGCAGACUAAUAGCCUUUGCAUGAAUUAAUGUACUCUACAGUACUGCAUGUGUUCUCAACAGAGCUAGAACCGAAAUUAUUUGACAACCGUGUUGAACGGAGUCAUUCCCAGUCUGACAUUGGAAUUUUGAGUGACGUGCUGAGUUGAAUUUGGCCCAUGGGUGGUACUAUUUUCCGCCAAAAGUUUAGCCCCCCCCCCCAAAAAAGAAGAAUCAUAAGAUUUAAACACCAGGAAAUCGGCUCCCAAGUUAUUUUUAUUGCCAAAAUCUGUUAAAGUAUUCCCAUACGUAAGAGGUACCUGAUCGUAUACAAAUGAAAGCAAGGUUUGAAUGAUUAUAUAAGUCAAACAUCUGUUCAGUCUUCUUGCGGUCAAUUUGCAGUCUACAAAUUAUUUGUAAUUAAAUGUCGCCCCUUUUCUAUUUAGAUGUUCUCUUCACUAGGAUGGUGAUACAGGGGGGGAGUCCAGGCAGCCCAACAAAUCCGGUGAAACAAUUACAUUUACGCUGUGCUUUUUGGUUCGUCAACUUCACGUUUAAUUUUUCUAAGUAACGCUCGCAUUCUACACAUGGUGUAUUUUUUUGGUUGAGAGGUUAGGCAUGCUCGACAUGGCCUUCCAGGAUGCAAUCAAAGGGCCACUGUCUGAAGCAGUGGGAAGAUGCAACUGGCCAUGCCCGGUGGAGGAUCCUCUGAGUUGGCCCGCAUCAUUAGGAUUUAGCCGGAAGCAAGAGUGGUAGGAUAAGUGGUGUCUUUGCCGUGGACAAGUAGGUCGUCAUCUCGAUCGGUCUGGCAGUUUGUGUUACUUGCACAAAUGAGGAUGUUCGCAAUUGAAGCACUUAAGUGCAACAGAAAACAAUUUGGCAGAGGGGGUGAAAAAAAAAUACAUAUGAAACAUUAGGAUGAACGUUUGAAAUACCCUCUGAUCUUUCAUCUCAUUUCCUUUUAUGUUGUCAUGUGAAGGUGAAUGCAUGAGAUUAAGAGGAAGGCCCAAGAAAACAUGGCAGAGAACAUUGGAGACUGAGCACCAACAAAAACUAGCACAAUGGAGACUAUGUGGCUAAACACCUGUGUUGCCAGCUUCACUCGCAUGUUUGUGAAGGGUGGCAGAUUGGGUUUGUCCGUCAGCUUUGGUGACAUCCUGAUUGUGUGCCAUCUUGUAAAACAACACCAGAUGGUCCCAAAUUCUUUCAUCGUCUCUGAUCUGGUUGAGGGGGUGGAUUCAUGCAAUUUAUUCUGGUCCUCGAAAGACUUCUGCAGACUGAUGUCCCUACACCUGAUGUUUCUCAGCCACAUCUUCCACCUGAGUAAUUGCAAAAUACCUACGAGAGACCUGUGGGCAGGAUUUCCUCAGGACUACAUCCGUUUGCUGUCACAGUGGUAUUGCAGCCUGGGACAGUGCUGUGAAUCAGGGGAUUGCCGGAUAAUAAAUAAUAUUACAGGUUUGGCUAGUGAUCUACAGCUAAAGCUUCAUGGGCAGCACCUUGCUCAAUCAGUGGUUUUGAAAGCUGUGCAGGGCUUCAUCAGUAACCCUGAAUCCAAUAAGCCAUUGACCCUCUCCUUUCAUGGCUGGUCUGGCACCGGCAAGAACUUUGUGGCCCGGAUUGUAGCUGACAACAUGUACCGGGAUGGAGUGAAGAGCGAGUGUGUGCGUCUUUUCAUCGCCCCAUUCCACUUCCCCCAUGCCAGACUGGUGGACACGUACAAGGGCCAGCUCAGAGAAGCUAUCCGGGACAUGGUGCUUCGUUGCCCACAGACACUUUUCAUCUUUGAUGAGGCUGAGAAACUGCAUCCGGGCCUUAUAGAUGCCAUCAAGCCCUAUAUGGACCAUUAUGACAAUGUGGAUGGGGUCAGCUACAGGAGAGCUGUCUUCUUAUUCCUCAGUAAUAUUGGUGGGACAACCAUCAACGAUGUGGCCUUGGACUUUUGGCACUCAGGGCAGAACAGAGAGGACAUUGGGAUGGAGGACUUGGAACACCGGCUUCGUGCUGAAGCUAUGGAAUCUCAAGGAGGCUUUGCACAGAGUGAGCUGAUGUCAGGCCAUCUUAUUGACUUCUUUGUGCCCUUCCUACCUCUGGAGUACCGUCAUGUCAAGCUCUGUGCCCGUGAUGCCUAUGCAGCGCGGGGUCUGGAGCCAGACGAGGGAACACUGGACGAAGUGGCAAAGGCCAUGCUAUAUGUACCCAAGGAGGAGAGGCUGUUCUCUGCCCAAGGCUGCAAAUCCAUACCACAGAGGAUCAAUUUCUUCCUCCCCUAAACAGACUAAUGCAACCCAGAAAACACACAGUAUUUUAGCAAAAAGGGAAAAAUAAUGAUCUGAUGACAUAUUGAACAUUAUUGCAAUGUGGUAUGCCCACGCCUCACCCUACACUGCCAAGAAGCAAGCAUAGGGCAUCUGUCUCUUAAGAUUAUAUCUGAUAACCAAAUAAGAUAUUUUACUAGUGUUAAUUUUAAACUUUGAUUUUUUUUCCCUGCUCAUUAGACUACUUUUAUGCACUUAUUUUUUUUGUAAAUAUUUUUUUAUAUUUUUUUUUAGGUCAAGCUCAGGUCAACUCUGUAAUAUUUGCAUGUAUAUAUUUAUAGUGCAUUCGGAAAGUAUUCAGACCCCUUGACUUUUUCCACAUUUUGUUACAGCCUUAUUCUAAAAUGGAUUAAAUUGUCCCCCCCAUUAAUCUAUACACCAUAAUGACAAAGCAAAAUGUUUUUAUUCUUAUUUUAGCAAAAAAUAAACUGAAAUGACAUUUACAUAAGUAUUCAGACCCUUU